ACAACAUAACAGUCUUUACAACUAAAAUAGUCUCUGACGUAAGGGCCAAUAAAGUAAGCUUAAGGAACAACCACACCAAUGUACUCAACACGUAUGACUAUGAUAUAGUGUAAAAUUUAUUUCAGACACGUCAAGAAGUUACCGAACAGCACGACGUAAUGAGUUCACUGCUUGUAGCUGCUAUAGAUUUUGGAACAACUUAUUCCGGCUGGGCGUUUUCAUUUAAAUAUGACUUCGAACGUGAUCCAACAAAGAUAACAGCGAAGAACUGGCAUGGAGAUCAACUUAUUUCCUCGAAAGCUCCUACGUGUGUGUUAAUUAAACCAGAUGGGAAGACAUUUGACUCGUUUGGAUACACAGCAGAGAGCAAGUAUGCUGAUUUGGCUGCUGAGGAGAAGCAUGGAGAAUGGUUCUUUUUCAAAAGAUUUAAGAUGAUGCUUUUCGACAAAAUUAAAAUAAGUCGAAAUGCUAAUAUUGAAGAUGCAUGUGGCAAGCAGUUGCCUGCGAAAAGGGUAUUUUCAAUGAUAAUCAAAUUCUUGAAAGAAGAUCUUUUGACUGAAUGCAAUAGACAACUUGCUGACGCGGUUACCGACAAUGAUAUCCGCUGGGUCCUGACAGUACCUGCUAUUUGGAAUGAUGUCGCGAAGCAAUUUAUGAGAGAAUCAGCCAUGACGGCUGGUAUCCUUAAAGAGAACCUGACGCUUGCUUUGGAACCAGAAGCUGCUUCUGUUUUCUGUAGACACCUUCCUGUAAAUAAGGAACAGUCUUCAUUGGCGUCCAUGAGAGCAGGAACAAAGUACAUGGUUCUUGAUGCUGGAGGUGGUACAGUGGACAUAACGUUUCAUCAGGUUAUCGUCGAUGACAAACUCAGAGAGAUACACAAAGCAAGCGGUGGCGCUUGGGGAGGAACGAGGAUCGAUGACGAGUAUGAAAAACUCUUAAAAUCUAUAGUCGGUCCCGAUGUAAUGAAGACGUUUAAAGAUCAACAUUUAGAUGAUUACGUUGAUAUGCUACGAGCAUUUGAGAUAAAGAAAAGGGAUCUUACUCCUGAUGACACUACUAAGAUAACUAUCCGCAUUCCUCCUUCGCUGAAUGAAUUGGUUCAAGAAAUACGUAAGAAACAGCUGAAGGAAAUCAUCGCCGAGCCAGUAUUUAAAGAGAAGAUACAAUAUGUCAGCGGCAAGCUAAGAGUGGAUCCUGUUCUAUUCAAAGAACUAUUCGAGGAGACUGUUUCAAGAAUCAUUCAACAUACGAAAUCACUUCUACAGGAAGAAACAUGUCAGAAUUGUUCAACAAUACUGAUGGUAGGUGGAUUUUCCGAAUCUAUAAUUCUACAAGAAGCUGUUCGAGAUGCUUUUAAAGGUUUCAGAAUUAUCGUUCCGGAAGGGUCAAGUCUGGUUGUUUUGAAAGGAGCAGUUAUAUUUGGCCACUGUCCAACAUCCAUUGCGGAGAGAGUAUGCCGAUAUACUUAUGGUUUACGAAGAAGUCACCGAUCAUCUGAAAACAAAUGCAAACAUCCGCCAACAUCCACAACAGUAGGAAAGGAUGGUAUAAUGCGCUGUGAAGACCUGUUUCAGAUACAUGUAAGAAGUGGUGACACCAUACAUUUGGGAGAGGAACUAAUGACUGGUACUUAUUGUCCAAGAUAUGAUGAUCAAACGGAAGUAGGCUUUCAUGUUUACGCUUCUGAAUCUCCUAAUCCUAUUCUUGUGACAGAAAAAUGCUGUUUCAAAUUAGGCGUUCUGUCGAUACCGAUCAAAGAUACUUCUCUUGGGAGAGACAGACCGUUGGAUACAAAAUUCCUUUUUGGUGGAACUGAAAUCGUGGUAAAAGUGGUUGAUCAGAUAACAAAAGAGAUAUCUCUGUUGUCGAUAGACUGUUUAGAGUAAGCCAGAUGUUGAUUUGUAUGAUUAUGUUAUGUUAAAUUACACUGACCUGACCUUGAUCAUAUAAGUAUUUGUCCAUCCAAUAAUCU